UCUAUUUGCAAACCAACCCCUUAAUAAUAAUACUACCUCAUUCUCUUUUAGGGCCGCUCUCACGCGAGUCGCCGCCUACACAAAUAAACCUAAACCCUAGAUCGCGAUCGGAAUCAACAGCUCCUCAUCGGCGACACCUAAUCCUCCCCGGUGACGAUUUCGAAAGCAUGGCGGAGCAUUUAGCAUCAAUCUUCGGAACCGAAAAGGACAGAGUGAACUGCCCUUUCUACUUCAAGAUCGGCGCGUGCCGUCACGGAGACCGAUGCUCGCGUCUCCACAACCGUCCCACAAUCUCCCCAACCCUCCUCCUCUCCAACAUGUACCAGAGACCCGACAUGAUCACCCCCGGGGUGGACCCCCAGGGGCAGCCCCUGGACCCGAGCAAGAUCCAGGCCCACUUCGAGGAUUUCUACGAGGACAUAUUCGAGGAGCUCGACAAGUUCGGCGAGAUGGAGAGCCUCAACGUCUGCGACAACCUCGCCGACCACAUGAUUGGCAACGUCUAUGUUUUGUUCAAGGAGGAGGACCAGGCCGCCGCGGCCUUGAAGGCCCUGCAGGGGAGGUUCUAUUCGGGCCGGCCCAUUAUCGCUGAUUUCUCGCCCGUGACGGAUUUUAGGGAGGCGACUUGCAGGCAGUAUGAGGAGGAUAACUGUAACCGCGGCGGGUAUUGUAAUUUUAUGCACGUGAAGCAGAUCUCGAGGGAGCUUAGGAGGAAGCUGUUUGGGAGGUAUCGGAGGUCGUACAGGCGUGGUGGGAGCAGGAGUAGGAGCAGGAGCAGGAGUGUGAGCCCGAGGCGCAAGAGGGAGCGAGGAGGGGAUGUUAGGGAGAGGGAGCGUGACCGUGGUGACCGUCAUGGGAAUGGGGGAAGGAGCAGUGAUAGGUCGGAGAGGCAUGACAGGGAUGGUGGUGGAAGGAGGAGACAUGGUGGUGGUGGUAGCCCGAGACGGAGCAGAAGCCCUCCUGUUGUGAGAGAAGGUAGCGAGGAGAGGAGGGCGAGGAUUGAGCAAUGGAACCGUGAACGAGACGAGGGAGUUUAAAAGGUUUUAUUGGCUGGAUUUGAUUAUGUCUCGUAAUGGAUAUUUUAUUUGGUGUUUUUUGUUUUUAGAACUUGAGAGUGGCAUGAGAACUGGCUUUCCUUAGAUAAAGUAAGGUGAACUACUUUUUUUUCUUGUUUAGAAACUAGUUCGUGUCGUGUGGAAUGGAUCCUUUGGUAGUUUUGUUGUUCUUCUUCA